AUGACUCUAUCCAGUGGUGAUAGACUAGAAGAAACCCUGGCAAAUGUUGCUGGGCAGAUAGCUGAUCAUCUCUCAGAAAUGGGACUAUCACCUGAAGCCGUUGAGCGGUUGAAAGAGUGUCUGAUCUUUAACACAAGUGGUGGAAAUUUUCUUCGUGGCCGGACUGUCCUAGACACUGGACGGAUCCUAAGUGGCCAAGAUCUCAGUCCGCGUCAAAUAGAAGACCUCCUGGCGCUUGGAUGCCUUGUUGAGUUCUUGAACGCGGCAUACCUUGUUUGGGAUGACAUAAUGGAUAAUUCUUCUACGAGACGCGGUAGGCGCUGUUGGUAUCGCCGGGAAAAUGUCGGGCUAAUGGCCAUCAACGACGCGUGUAUUUUGAAAUCCUCUAUCUUUAUAAUUCUCAAGACACGCUUCCGAGACCACCUUUCAUACGUGGACCUCUUGGAACUUUUUAGUGAAGCUGCCCUUCGGACAGAACUUGGUCAAAACUGUGACCUGAUGGCUUCGAUGAAAUUGAUGAGGCUCGACCAGUUCAACUGGGAUACAUAUCAAUUCAUUACGGCUCACAAGACUGGGUACUAUACGUUUUAUCUUCCUCUUGCGCUUGCCUUUAUAUAUCUCGGACUUGGAACUCCGGCAAAGCUGAAAGGGAUUCAUCAAGUCUCCAUGCUCUUAGGCCUUGUCUUCCAGGCUCGCGACGAUUACCUAGACGUCUACGGGAACCCACGGGUUACUGGGAAAAUAGGAUCUGAUAUUCAAGAGAAUAAGUGCAGUUGGCUUUCAGUUGAAGCUAUUCGACGUUGUGAUGAGGCGCAAAUGAAAGUCCUAGAAAACUCCUACGGCAGCAAGCGCAAUAGUGAUGUCUUGAAGGUACGGGAAGUAUUUGAACAACUCAAACUUGACCAGGCAUUUGAAGAUUGGGAUAGACAUAUGCUCAACAAGGUCAACAAGGAGAUAGGAAAGGCGGUUGUUGAAACGGGGCUGCAAAAGGAAAUAUUUUCCGAAUUCUUGUCAAAGUAUUUCAAAGACCCUCGCAGGAGUUUACCUCGACCCGCGCUUUAG